AGAAAUAAGCCGACUUUGUCUUCCUUCUACAAAGAACCCGUGAAUCUCAGUCACUACAUUCAUCUGCCGAUCUGUGCCUCCCAGUCUCAGUCCCAAUGAAAACCGACCUCAUUCUCACGUUUUGAUUGUUGAUUUUUCUAAGAUGUAAGUCAUGAUGAGCAAGAUAGAGUAAGGGAUUGGAUUGUGGUCGCAACUUGCCAGUCUUAUUUAGAUAGAAGAAUCCAAUCGAAAAUUCACCUCUGUUGCGAUUCUAGACUCUCUCCAUGGAAUAUAUUGAAAUAAUAAUCCCAUCAUUGGUAGAUAAAAUAGAAGAGCAUGCUAAUUCCCACAAAGCAUUGAGCCAGCUGUUGGAAGAUAUAUGGGACAGAGCAACGCAGAAUCCUAGAAAUUACGAGUCGAGUGAGCUGCUGACUCAAAUUUGCAGGUUGGAGGAUACCAUUGACUCCAUCAUUGCUACAAAAGUGCUGCAGAGACAAAAUAUCUCCAUCAAGAAGGCUCCUGUCAAAUAUUUUUCAAUUGCAAAAAGCAUUGUCAAAUUUCCUCACAAGUUGCAUAGGCAAACUAAGGAGCUAAAAAAAAUAUUGAAUGAUUCCUUGUCUGCCCCAAUUCCAGAAGAGAAGUUACCGAGCAAAUCAGAUGCCGUAGAGGUUCCAGCAAAGAAGUCCUCUAGUAACACAGUUCCUCAAAAGAAGUCCUCUGGAGAUGCUGCAGUUUUAUCAAAAAAACCAAGGGGCAUUCAAGUCUCAUCAGAAAACAAAGAUGUUGGGAGGGACAAGAAGGAUUCAGAUGAAAGACAUCGUCAGAAGUCAGAAGAAAGAAAUAUCUUAAGUGAUAUUUUGAAACAAGUUCCUUCUAUUAAGCAGGAAGCAUCCGAGCUGUCAAAUCAGUUAUUGAGGAAGCGGCUUCAUGAUUUUUUAGUUUUUAAAAGCCGAGUGCUCCUCAUCUGUGAAGGAAUCACUUCAACCAAUGGUUCAAAGGAAUGGUCAAGCCAACAGCUAGGGAAGUCUGAAGAUUAUUUGCUGGAGCAAUCUAGAAUUCUUGGCAUGAAGGAUAUUAUGACUGAGUUAUACCAGUCAAUCUUAAGUGAUAACAAGUUAGAAGAAAAAAACCGAGACCUAGUGACACUAGAAACGAAGCUUUGCAAUUUGCUAGCUCCGAAGAGGUACCUUAUAGUUUUAUAUGAUGUUUGGACGGCCGAUGUUUGGGACAAGCUCAAAGAAGCCUUUCCCAACCCCAUGAAUGGAAGCCGGAUGAUUCUAACUGUCAGUGAGGCUGAUGUGGCUUGGCAAACCAACUCUUCUAGCGUCUUUGGAACAGCCAAUGAGUCAGAAUUUGUUGGACUGGAUGAUAAAGUGCAGGAAUUAGCUGAACUGCUACUUGAAAGUUAUCAAUUUCUCAUCUCAGUUGUGGGUGUGGCAGGCUCUGGCAAGACGAUGCUUGUGAAGGCAAUUUUCAGCAACUUAUUAAUGCAGCUGGGAAUGGUGCGGAAGGAUGAGAGCUGGUCCACAGAGGAAUUGCGAAAAAGACUUGGACUUUUCUUGGCUUGGAAGAGAUACCUAAUAGUUUUAGAUGAUGUCUAUACAGCUGAUGCUUGGGAAAAACUCAAAUAUGCCUUUCCAAAUUCGUCAAAUGGGAGUAGGGUUAUACUCACUACUCGUGAUGCUUGUGUGCCACGGAAUAUUAAAGCACAUACCAGAGUUAUCCAACUACGUUUACUAAACGAUGAUGAAAGCUGGGAAUUGUUUGUAGAGAAGGUACCAACAGUUGUAGAAAAACCAGAAUUGAUGAAAGCUCUCAAAGAAAAUAUUUUGCGAAGAUGUGGUGGCCUGCCUCUUGAUAUAGUUGUACUUGGAGGUUUGCUUUCGACCAAGGAACUGGAAAUUCCGGUAUGGUCUAAAUUCAUUAAGCAACUGGAAGAGAAAGAUGGUAAGGGGCAGAUUGAGGAAAUUGGUCCCAGUGAAGCUCCAGCGAUGCAAGAAGAAGAAAAGGUGAAGCAUGGAGCAACCAAAGAAGAUCAGGAACCUUCGCCAAAUCAAUCACCUUCCUCAUCAGAUACCACGCAAAAGGAAGACAACAGGAUACUGGAGACCCAGAAUACUUCUCUUGAUCUAGAUCAAUCAGGUUCCUCAGAUGAAACCCUCUCAUUUUUAUUGGCUUUAGGCUAUAAAGAUCUAAAUGCCCAUUUAAAGUUCUGCCUAAAUUAUUUAGGCCUCUUUCCCAAACCAUACAAGGUUCCUUUUAGGAGGUUGUUUCAUCUAUUGCAAGCUGAGGGAUUGUUGAAACAAGAAACGACUGAAGAAAGUUUUGAAGAGCAGGUGAAGAAAUACAUCGAAGACUUAAAAAAAAGAAACAUGAUUGAGGUAGAAAAAAAAUUAAAUGGGAGUCCUAAAACCAUUUGUAUGACAAGUACUGUAUAUGAUGAAUUGUCUCCACGAGCAGAGAGAGCUGGAUUGUUUCACAUUCAUUUCAACCAUUAUGAGGAAUAUGCCCCCAAACAAUUCGGGUACAUCCGACGGCUUGCAGAACACCAAGAGAUCAGCUAUGACAGGCUUCUAGAGAACAGCUAUCAGCUGCGUUCUUACAUUUCAUUCAGACCGGAAAUAGGUGAUCUACCUGCAUUCGGAGUAGAUAAACUUCUUAAAGGGAUUGUGAAGGGAGGUUUUGGAUUAAUUUUCAUACUUGAUUUGGAAGGAGUCUACCAACCAGUGUUAUCUAAACAUCUAGGCAAAUUUCCCAAACUCAAGUAUUUGGGUUUAAGAUGGACUUUUUUGGAUUCAAUUCCAGAUUCAGUUGGUGACUUGCUUAGCCUUGAGACUUUGGACGUGAAGCAUACUAAUAUCAUCACUUUACCUGGUGAGUUCUGGAAGGCAAAAUGUCUUCAACAUCUUUAUAUGAGCGAUAUUUGUAUUGAUACAUCUAUUCCAACGGCCCGUCAAACAAAUGGAUCGUUAACCAAUCUUAAGACUUUAUUGGGUCUGGUGAUCCACAAUGAGAAGACUGUAGAUUAUUUGAAGGAGGCAAAUGGUCUUAGAAAACUGGAAGUAACAUGCUAUGGAGAAUCAAUUGUAGAGAUAGUUGGGUGGAUUUCUAUGUUGACCCAACUUCAAUCAUUGAAGUUAAGGCCAAUGUCGAGAAACCUUUUUGUUGGAGGAGCAGAACAGGAACAACCUAGUGGAACAGAUGAUGAUGAAAGAACACCAACUGGGUAUUCAACUCAGCCUGAACAAUUCCAAAUUCCAACAGGAACAAGGCAUAGACAUCCCAGGGAUGCACAACCAGUUGCGGUAGUUACAACUCAUAACUUUCCCGCUUUGAGCAACAUAGUAGUGUCGACCAAACCAAAGGGAAGUGGGAGGUUAAAUAACGAGCCUAGCUCGUCCAAACAUAGUGAAGAACUGAUGAGAAAGAAUGCCAACCUCGAAAGGCAGCUACAGGAGGUACAGAAAUCCAUUGACGAGCUAAAAAGCCCCAGGUCGCACCAACAGACCCUUGACUUGGAUAGUGCCCCACUUAACCUAUCCAUCACAGCAGAACCGUAUCAAGAGGGAUUCAAAAUCCCCCACCUACAGACAUAUGAUGGCUCGGGUGACCCAAAUGAGUAUCUUUAUACCUAUCAGGCUAUCAUGAGAAUCCAAAAUGCCAAUGACGCCAUGAUGUGCAAAGUUCAUCAGAAAGAGGGGGAAUCUUUGAGGGACUACAUGCAACGAUUCAACAAGGCCACUUUAGACAUUGAUAACGUCCCCGAUACUAUCUGCUUGUCUGCCUUGCUGCAUGGUUUGAAGCAUGGUCGUCGUCCAAAUGACGAGCUGAUGAUAGACAAAGCAAAAGCCAAGAACAACCACAGCGAAGAGAGGAAGAAAAAACAAAAGGUCAAUGAGCAGUGGGGAAAGCCAUCUGACUUUCCAAAGUAUGACAACUACAUUCCUUUAACCUCGCCAAGGGGUAUGAUCGACCUCAAGGGUAGAGGUAUCAGCUUGGCAGCACACAGGACGUGUAUCAGGAUAACCAAUAUCCUUCUGAGCAGGGCAGAGCAUACAGGGGCUGUCAAUUUAAUACGCACAAUAAACAUGAUCUUGAGUGGUAUACACUCAAGAGGCCAAAGCGCUCGGGGUCGCAAGGCAUAUGCCCACCAGGUGAUGACUGUUAAUAAGAAUAGGCCUUUGAAGCGACCAUUCAAAGAGGCAAAAUGGGAAAAUGCGCCCAUUACAUUCAGUGCAGCAGAUUAUAAGCGAGCAGACGGAGAACAGGACGUUAUGAUGCCUCAUGCAGAUCCUUUUGUGGCAACGGUCCAUAUAGGCAAUCACAACGUCAACAAGGUCUUUAUCGAUACUGGUAGUUCACCAGAUAUCUUGUAUUGGAGCUACUUUCAGAAGAUGCAGCUGAAUCCGAGCUCGCUACAGAAGUAUGAAGGGCCCAUGUACGGGUUCGAUAAUCAACCCGUCCCGGUUGAAGGAGUCAUUACUCUUCCCAUCUAUGUGGGCUCGGAACCACGCUUCAGGAUGGCUUUUGUUAGCUUUCUGGUUGUCAAGAUAGAAUCAGCUUUCAAUGCUAUACUAGGAAGAGCCACCCUCUGCGAGCUGAAGGCUGUUUUCUCGCAACCUCAUCUUUGUAUGAAAUUCCCAACUCCUCAAGGGGUAGGAGUGCUUAAGGGGAACCAGAAGAUGGUCAGAGCCUGUUAUCAAGGUAUAUUCAAGAAGGUUGAGCUUGCUGCAGCCUCGGCAGGUUCUUCUGAAAUUCACAGGCCAGCCCAGCUCGAUCAGCAGACAAUGAGCAUAUCAGAUAUCGAGCACCGACCUGAGAGUGUCGAGCAGAAGGCUGAGCCAGUAGAACCAGUGGAAAUGAUCCCUUUGAACCUUGAUACGCCAGAAAGAACAGUUAAAGUGGGCACAAAGCUCACAGCGGGAGAACGAGCAGAGCUUCUAGAGUUUUUAAGGGUUAACCAAGAUGUGUUUGCGUGGACAACAGAUGAAAUGCCUGGCAUUCCAGCAGAGUUAGUAGUCCACAAGCUCAGCACGGACCCCAUUAGAAGGCCGGUGGUUGAAAAACGUCACCUUUUUGGCCCUGAGAAGCAAGCUGCUAUAGAUGAAGAAAUACAAAAGCUACUACAGGCAUGUUUCAUCAGGAGAGUUGAAUACUCUGAGCGGGUGUCCAACUCUGUGCUCGUCAAGAAACCAAAUGGCAAGUGGAGGAUGUGUAUUGAUUUCACCAACUUAAAUGAGACGUGUCCGAAAAACCCUCAUCCCUUGCCAAAUGUUGAGAAGUUAGUAGAGCUAGCAGCCGGACAUGAGCAGAUGAGUUUCCUUGAUGCCAGCUCAGGUUAUCACCAGGUCAUCUUUAAGCUCCAGAUCGGCAGGAACAUUGAAGUAUAUGUGGACGACAUGACAGUCACCAGUAAGCGAGCUGAGGAUCAUAUAGACGACCUGGAUGAAACAUUUCAGAACUUGCGCCGAGCCCAAAUGAAGCUGAAUCCCUUGAAAUGCACGUUUGCUGUAGAAUCAGGAAAAUUCCUAGGGUACGUGAUAUCCAAGAAAGGAAUUGAGGUAAAUCCAGAGAAGGUUCAGGCCGUUCAGCAGAUGGAGUCUCCCAAGACCAUAAAAGAUGUGCAGCGUCUGAUAGGUUGUGUUGUUGUGUUGCAUAGGUUCAUAGCCAGGUCGGCAGAAAGGUGCCUCCCGUUCUUUAAAGCCCUCACCCCUGCUGUCCAAGCCUGUGGAGGGGGAGAGAUUAUACCUGUAUUUGGGGGUUACAAAGGAGGCGGCCAGGCUGUGGCGGACUUCCUAGUGGAGUGCCUUUCGGUGACGGUCGAAGAAAGGGCACUCGUAUACUCGGUCUGGGUCCUGUACGUGGAUGGAGCUGCUAAUAUUGAAGGAUCGGGUGCCAGGGCUGUGUUGGUGGGCCUAGAUGGCUUUAAAUCCGAACAUGCAUUAAGGUUCAAGUUUCAAACAACAAAUAAUGUUGCAGAAUAUGAAGCCCUCAUUUAUGGUUUGAAACUGGCGUCCGAGCUACAAGUUCAGAGCAUAAAGAUUUUCAGUGAUUCUCAGCUCGUUGUGGGCCAAGUGAAUGGUAGCUGUGAAAUCAAGGAUUCUCAGCUUGGUCGUUAUGCCUCUGGGGUCAAUAGAUUGAAAUUAGGAUUUGCCUUUUUCCAUAUCGACAAGAUACUCAGAGCAGAUAACCAACGAGCUGACGAGCUAUCAAAGUUAGCCUCCUCGCAAGAUAUCAACCCUCAGCGAUCAACAAUUGUGGAGGUACUUGACGCCCCGAGCUACACCGAUUUCACAAUCGAGUGUCAACUGCUAAGCACAGAUCCCUCUUCACCGAGCUGGACUACCUCGCUCAUACAGUAUAUGCGAAGUGGCGAGCUGCCUGAAGACCCGUCCACAGCAAAGUUGAUUAAACGCAGGGCGGCACAUUUCACUCUGUUAGAUAAUCAGCUCUACAAGCGAGCAGCCUCAAUCCCCCUAUUACGCUGCCUUACUCCUUAUGAAGCUGAAUACGCUGUGAGGGAAAUUCAUGAAGGAAUAUGUGGCACACACAUAGGUGGUAAAACAUUGGCUCGGAAACUCCUGAGACAUGGGUAUUACUGGCCUACUAUGGUCGAGGACACACAGAAUUAUGUCAAAAAGUGCCCGACCUACCAGUUCCAUGCUGAUGACAUUCACAUGCUAGUCGAUCUGCUCAGCCCUUUUGUCAAAGGCAAAGGAGGUUGCACUUACCUAGUUGUCGUGUCAAAUGGGCAAGCCGAGUCCGCCAAUAAAAUUGUCUUGCGAGGCCUCAAGACGCGUGUUUUAGCCGCAUAUUCUAAUUGGGUUGAUGAGCUGAAUAAAGUGUUCUGGUCGUGUUGCACUACACCCAGCUCGGCUACAGGCGAAAACCUAUUCAGCCUCGCCUAUGGAGUUGAGGCCGUUAUCCCUGUAGAGGUGGGGUUGCCAUCCGACAGAUCAGAUCGGCACGAUGAUCUUAACAAUGAACAACUUUUAAGAGAGAACCUAGACCUUGUGGAAGAGGUUAGGGAGAUGUCUUGAAUAAAAAACAUGGCAUAUCAGGGUUGUGUUGCAAAAUUUUAUAAUAAGAGAGUCCGAGCUCCUCAGUUUCAAGUUGGUGAUUUGGUUUACGCAAAACUGGAUUAACCAAUGCUUAUUCGCACAUGGGCAAGCUCGCUCCUAAUUGGGAAGGUCCGUAUAUGGUUGUUCAAGUUAAGCGACCUGGAUCUUAUGUUUUAGCAGACAUGCAGAAACGCCAGUUACCAUUCAUUUGGAAUGUACAUAAUCUCAGAAGAUAUUACAGUUAAUAUACAUGUUAGUGAGAA